AUGAGAAACCGUGUCCUACCCCUGUUGGCUCCCGUGUUCUUGUCGAAGCUAUGGAGGAGACGUCGUCGAGCGAAAGCCAUUGAGAAAUUACAUGGGAGUGCUUCGGAGACGUCUGCGGGCGCUGGGGGUGCCUCGUCGGGGGGCAGCGCCCGGGUGUCUUCACGGUCGAGGACGUCAGAGGAGCCCCACAUCGGCAAGUACAAACUCCUGAAGACGAUAGGGAAAGGCAACUUCGCAAAGGUGAAGUUAGCCAAGCAUGUGCCGACAGGUAAAGAGGUGGCCAUCAAGAUCAUAGACAAGACUCAGCUCAAUCCUGGCUCACUACAGAAGUUAUUUAGAGAGGUGCGGAUAAUGAAGAUGUUGGAUCAUCCAAAUAUAGUGAAACUUUUCCAAGUCAUCGAAACGGAGAAGACAUUAUAUUUAGUAAUGGAAUAUGCAUCCGGUGGUGAAGUGUUUGACUAUUUAGUCUUACACGGACGUAUGAAAGAGAAGGAGGCCCGCGCUAAGUUUAGACAGAUUGUCUCCGCGGUACAGUACUGCCAUCAGAAACGGAUCAUUCAUAGGGAUCUCAAGGCGGAAAACCUACUGUUAGACGGCGAGAUGAAUAUUAAAAUAGCCGAUUUUGGUUUCUCGAACGAGUUCACUCCGGGAGCGAAGUUGGACACGUUUUGUGGAUCACCACCCUACGCUGCUCCAGAGCUUUUUCAAGGAAAGAAAUACGACGGUCCGGAAGUGGAUGUGUGGUCGUUGGGUGUGAUUUUGUACACUCUGGUCUCAGGUUCGCUUCCCUUCGAUGGAUCUACGCUUAGAGAGUUGAGAGAGAGGGUGCUUCGAGGGAAAUAUAGAAUACCGUUCUACAUGUCAACCGACUGCGAGAAUCUGCUGAAGAAGUUCCUCGUGCUGAACCCGGCGAAGCGAGCCUCCCUCGAGAACAUCAUGAGGGACAAGUGGAUGAACACAGGCUACGAGGAAGACGAGCUCAGGCCUUUCGUGGAACCGCAGCAGGACUUCAAGGACCAUAAACGGAUAGAGGCAUUAGUGUUGCUAGGUUACAACAGGCAAGAAAUCGAGUACUCGUUGGCGGAAGCGAAAUAUGACGACGUAUUCGCUACUUACCUGCUUUUGGGGAGAAAAAGUACAGAUCCGGAAUCGGAUGGGAGUCGAUCGGGAUCGUCUUUGUCUUUGCGGAACGCGGCAGCCCCGCCCAACUCUCAACAGCAAACGGGGAACGCACAUGCAGGCGCGGCGUGCGGGUCUCCGUCCCACCGAGGGGUGCAGCGCAGCAUCUCGGCCAGCGCCAGGCCUGCCGCGUCGCGCCGCGCCUCUUCCGGCGCGGAGGUCUUGCGCGCGCAAGUUGGUACCACCACCAGUUCAGCAAACAACACCACGUCUACGGCGACCACAACCACGUCCAAUUUCAAAAGACAAAACACAAUUGACUCGGCUUCAAUCAAAGAAAACACGGCUCGUAUUGCUCAGAUGCAGGUACAGAACACGGCGCGGCCGACGUCAGCUCAGCCGAAGUUAGAAGCGCGCUCGCGCACGUUAACCGGACAGACGAGACGUACGCAGUUUGAUCAUACGCACACGCCCGCCAAGUUAUCGCCUCCACAGGACACGCCCAGUAUAAAUUCAACAAUGACAACCACGGUUGGUGCAACUGGUGGUGCGGCGAAUGCAAGCGCGCGGCGAGAUUUUCCUAAUCCAAUGGUUUUUCCUAGGAAUGUGCCCUCAAGGUCCACAUUUCAUUCGGGUCAAACCCGAUCUCGCGGUGGAAGCGCGGGAGGCGCUUACGGCGACGGAGGUUCCCCUCACCAAGCUCGACCUUCCUUCUUCUCGAAACUCUCCUCAAGAUUCUCGAAACGACAAGGUACGGAAGAACAAGUGAAACCCCGUGUUCUGAGAUUCACUUGGAGUAUGAAGACGACGUCAUCGAGAGAUCCACAUGAGAUUAUGUCGGAAAUACGAAAGGUUCUAGACGCGAACAAUUGCGACUACGAACAAAGGGAACGUUUUCUCCUUUUGUGCGUACACGGAGACCCGAACGCCGAUUCGUUGGUUCAGUGGGAGAUAGAAGUUUGCAAACUGCCUCGAUUGUCCCUUAAUGGUGUCCGGUUUAAGAGGAUAUCCGGUUAG